AUUGAAAGGAGGAGGGGAGGGGAGGGAGUAGGUGGGCAUCAGAGGGUCAAAGGAGAAAUACAAAUAAAAUUAUAAAUGGGCAGUACACAAACACAAACAAAAAAUGAGUAAACUGGCCAGCAAAAUGGCGACGCAUAUAUAUAUAUUAUAUAUAUAUAUAUACAUAUAGCGUAUGUGCAUCCCCACACAGACACACACACACACACAGUGACAAAAACACACAUUGACACUAAUAAGCUGCCGAGUUUUGCGUGUGUCAACUUUUGCACUUUUUGCGCAAAUGCAAAUUAAAAAAAAAAAAAAAAAGAGGAAAAAAUGGGGGAAAAAAGAUGAAAGAAAACAUAUUUUCACACGAGACAUGACGACACCCUACCCACUGCCCCUACCCUACCAUCAGCCCAUCUCCCUCGCACACUGCACGCUCCAGCGAUUCGUUGGGCCAAAAAGGGAGAUACAUAUAUACAGAUAUACAACUACAUAUAUAUAUAUACGGGCAAGUGCAUUUAUAUAUGCAUAUAUGUUUACCUGUACUAUAACUUCAUUUCAAUGGCCGCCCUGCACUUCCUCCGGCCUAUAGCCCUCUCUUUCUGGCCUUCUUUUAGCACAAAAAUAUAAAAAAAAAAACGUAAAAACAAGAAAAGCCCAUGCAUAUUGGAUGUCUACGAAUAGUCCAAAUAUUUGUUGGAAAAUCGCUACAGAGAACCCCCAAAAACAGCAACAACAAUAGUAACAACAAUCGAAACACGCAAAGCCCGAAGACAAGGCUCUAAAAUCUACACUGCACGGAAAAUAUAUGUCAAAAGAAAACUGAUUUGAUUCAUACUAAAAAUACAUUCAAGGUUAAAUUGAUAUUUUAGUAAAAAGAAUUGGUCUAAGUUUUGGUUAGAUCCGAUAUUCUUUAGACUAGGUUUUCUUACAAGUAAGCUGUCUUUUUUUGGUAUUUUUUUUACAGCAGUUUGGUAUUCUUUUGUGAGCAUGAAUACUAGGCUUUUAAGAUACCAUUUGCCCCUCUUUUCAGUUUCCUUACAGUGUAGGUCAAAGAGGAGGCGUGGUGUGUGUGUCGGUUGCUCCUUCUCCUUCCCUUAUGUUAUAUUUUUGAUGGGGUAGGGGUAGCUCGAUUUCAGCUAAGGACAUCUACAAACACAAACACACACACACACUCAUCCACACGCACACACACUAACAAAGCAAAACUAGAGAAAUACACACUAUUCUUCCUGUUCCUAUUCCUUUAGCUAUUCUUCCACCUUUUUUACCCCUCCGUUGUUGUAGUUCUUGGCUGAACGCAUUUAAUGGUCGAACAAAUGCCUCGGUUUUUUUUUUUUUUUUUUUUUGAGGGUGAGAACUUCUACACACACACACACACACACACACACAAACCCAUGCACAUGUAUAUGUACAAGCGGUAAGGGUUGCUAACCCUCCCGUGCGUAUAUAUGUAUGUGUGUUGGUGUGUGCUUGUGCGGGAUGGAAAUAGUGCCCCUAGAGUGCGAAGAAAAGAGAGGGCGCGCUACUGGCACAUUUAACCCAUUGGCAGCCAUUUUUAGUUUUAGCCACCACAAAUCCAAACAACUUUUAAGGGGAGAAAGGGGUUAAAAGGGUCUCGUUUACUAAUAAAACUUCCCUAAAUAAUAUUUUAUAAUUUCAAAUAAUUUGAUAUUGGUUUUGAUCUUGAAAUUUUAGAAGUCCUACAAAGUAUUUAUUAAAAAUUGGAUAUAUUUAUACAUAGAUCUAUAUUUAAAGUCCUAAAGAUAUACAACAUUGUAUUUAUCUGAAAAGUGUUAUGGAACUUUCUUAUCAACAGGAAGUACAGGUUUAACAGUCCUUUCCUUAAUUUUCUUUUGCAGUUUCGAUGUUCAGAUAGGUCAGUCGUUUCCGUUUCUACUUCAAUCUUAAAUCAAUCGAUCUUUUUGUCAGUUAUACCUAUUGAUUUUUUUCUUCUUCAGUGUUGUUCAUCGAUGUAUGCAGAUCCAUUGUGUCCAGCUGUUCACUUCACUUGGUUUUACUUUUUUUUUAUAUCUAUUAUUGCCCAACAAUUAUUUAUUUGUUUUUUAUGGUCAACUUCGAUGGGAAAAGCGCCUAGGUAGCAUUUCCUCAACUAUUCAACAACUUCCUUCUUCUUUAAUGUUUAUUCACUUAAGAUAUAAAAUUUAAAAAGGUAACUCUACCCAACUCGAUUGAUUAAUUUGUAUCACCAAGUAGUCGCUGCCUUUUAGUUCUCAAUGUGUCAGCCCUCCUCACUUCAUUUUAUUCAGAGUGCUGGUCCGGAUAAGACAUAGACAUCGAAUUUAUUUUUGAUUUUUUUUUUUUUAUAUACGAGUUAAAAUUUUCAAUGUGUCAUUAAAAAAUCCGGUCAGUUUUUUGAGCCAAAUCCAAAAACAGUUCUCGAAUUCAAAUUAAAAGUGCGCUUUAUUAGACCCGUGAAUCUUGAUUUCGGACACAAUCGCAAUGGCCAAGGACCAAGAAGGACACACACCUCAACCAUAUGCCACAGAACCUACCGAAGACCAGAAACGAGAGCAACGGGCUAGAUUGAUCAAGGCUUUGAGCCGCUUCAAGCCUCGGGAUGCCAAUCCUUUACAGUUCUAUAACUGCGUUCGUGAACUUUGCAUAAUGCACAAUUGCAGCAUCGAUGAAGGUCUAGAGCGAGCCGCUAUAACUUGGCCAGGACUUAGUAUGAGACAAAGGGAGCUAUACGAUUCGCAACGGCAUGCCGAGCUGCCUAUCCCAGUGCCACGUCACCUGAUCUACCGUGCCUUCCAGAAGGAGAGCAAAGGUCUUUGGUCUCUAGGGCGCUCCACAGUGGGUGGCAAGCGGACGACGCGCUAUACCCUGGAAUCCUACAAGCCGCCACCGAAACCGUCUCGUCUAAAGACUCAACUCAUCGAAAAGCGACCCAAAUAUGAUAAUCUUUUGGAUCUGCCACCCAAAGUGGCAGCAAUGCGAGUGCCGCCGGCACCGAAUCGUAAAUUUACAAGAGUGUCACCCUCGUCCGGUCGCCGAAUCCGAAAUCUUACACCUCAGGCCGUAAGGCGGGUCCAGUCUAUACGCCAGAUCCUCUCGAUGGCCAGUGUAGAGAUGAAAAAAUCAUUGCGUCGGCGACAUGGAAAAAACCAUCGAACAAAACCAACGAAAAUUGUGAGUGUAGAGCCCAUGAAAAUGACAGCGGAAAAACUAUCUUCCGGAGUCGUGAAGUCGCAGAGGAAGAAGGUUAACAAACGGAAGAGUUCCGCUUCUAAGGUCAAACGAUUGGUCAAGGAGGAGAAUCUGAAGGCAUCACACAAUUGGGAUGUGGCCAUCGGAUCUGUCCGCCGACGUCUCAUGAUGCACCAGCCCUCAAAAUCGAAAUCAUAAAUCUAUAACUCAUACUUCAUACCAAAUACUACCAUGUAUAUCUAUAUGUAAUUACCGGAAGAAUGUCAGUUAGUUCAAUUUUUGUAAUUGUUUAAACGAGCACUCAAUGUACACCAAACACACAGAAUACUGACACCUCUGUCUCUCUCAUCCAAACUCUAUGAACAAUAGAAGAUACACAGACGAAUAUACAAAGUGAUUGCCAAAAACUUACAGUAACAAAUUAUUGUACUAAAUUUAUGUAAACAAUGGAAGGUAAAAUAAAUAAGAUUUGACAAAA